AUGACAGCUACUCGACCCCAGGCAUACAGAAUAGGGACAGUGAAUGUGGGGGACUUGUCGGCUGGCAAGGCGCUGCUUGCUGUGGACGGAACCGACCGCCUGCUGGGCGUCUGCCUUGGCGGGGAGGUGACGAAGGACUCCGGCCAGAAGCUGCUGCAGAAGGCCGAUGACUGUGGGGACGAGCGCGCCGCGACGCUCCUGCGCUUCUGGGCGCACCUCGUGCAAGUGUCCAGGCUGCCGGAAGUGCUGGGGGCGUCGCGAGCCUGGGAGGUCGAGAAACUCGCCACGGACCCUGCCGCCCGCGGGCGCGGCAUCGCCAAGGAGCUGACAGUGCAGAGCCUUGCGUUGGCGCUCCAGAAGGGGUUCCCCACAGUGUGCGUAUUCUGCACCAGCGAGUUCAGCGGCCGCCUCUGCCGCUCUCUAAAAAUGCGCCACCUCGUGGACUUCCCGUACUCGGAGUACCGCGACCAACAUGGCCGCCAGCUCAUCUCGCCCCCGCCCCCGCACGAGCGCGUCAGCAUCUACGGCGACGAACUGCGGGCCGGCCACACAUCGAUGGCCAACAAAAGCAAGCCGAAGAUAUAG